AUGGAGUCUUUCAUAUACACAGCAAGCCCCAGUCGCGUCAUCCUUGGGCCUGGAGCUUCUUCUAAGCUCCCUGAGGAGCUUUCCCAGCAAGGGCUUAGAGCAGCUCUGAUUAUCUCCACACCUUACCAGACUGAAGAGGCCAGUAGGAUCAGAGAUCUGCUAGCCUCGAACACGGUCGGCGUUUUCUCAGAAGCAGUAAUGCACACGCCUACCGAAGUCACCGAAAAGGCUCUCGAAGUAACACGGAGCCUAAAAGCCGACUGCAUCGUAUCCGUCGGAGGCCGCAGCACAACAGGGCUAGGCAAGGCCAUCAGCAUUCGCACUAGUCUCCCCCACAUCUGCAUUCCUACCACUUAUGCUGGUAGCGAGAUGACUCCAAUCCUAGGAGAGACAGCCAACGGACUCAAAACGACGAGAAGAGACCCCAAGAUCUUGCCUGGAACUGUCAUCUACGACGUUGACCUCACAAUGACUCUACCUCAGGGCCUUAGUGCAACAAGUGGUGUCAAUGGAAUCGCUCACGCCAUUGAAGCCCUCUAUGCACCAGACACCAACCCAAUCAUCAGACUGCUGGCUAAAGAAGGCAUUCGCGCUUUGGCAGAGUCAUUGCCCGUCAUAGUCAAAGACGGCAACGACAACUUUGCCAGGAGUAAAGCUCUUACGACAAUGUCGUUGCAUCACAAGUUGUGCCACACGGUCGGUGGAUCCUUCAACCUUCCUCAUGCGGAGACUCAUACGAUUUUGCUUCCGCAUACAAUCGCGUACAAUAGCCCAGCGGUGCCAGAGGCCAAGAAAGAUUUGGCCGAUGUCUUGCCCAGUGCCGGUGGUGACGCUAUCAAGGGUUUGAAUAGCCUUUUGGAUAGGCUGGGCGUGAAGAGGGCGUUGAAGGAAUAUGGUAUGAAGGAAGAUGACAUUGACAAAGCGGCGGCUAUUGCAAUGAAAAACCAGUAUGCCAAUCCUAGAACAGUCGAGCAAGAAAAGAUCCGGGAAUUGAUAAGGCGAGCUUGGGCUGGCGAAUCUGCAAGGACGGAUUUGUAG